AUGGCUGACAACACCACCUCUGAACAAGUUCCGGUUGACGACCCUAUCACAGACCUCCGAAAUCAACUACGGGAACAAUCCCUUUUUCAGCACCAAACAACCCAAGUUCUGCAACGUUCCAUCCAACAUCUUGCUCAGUCCAUUGAAUCUCUAAAACUCUCUGUACCUCACCAUUUACAACCACCCAACAAUAACCAAUUUACCUCAGCCACACUCCAAAACACACCAUCUGCUGCAUUACCAAAUGAACCAAUUGCAAAUACCUCCAAACGCCAUUUACCUCUCAAAAUUGAUUUACCCAAAUUUGAUGGAGCUGACCCACAUGGUUGGAUUUUUCUGAUGCAGGAAUUUUUUGACUAUCACGACAUUCCGGAGGAGCAACGACUAUCUUAUGUUUCCUUCAUGGUUAGCGGGGAAGCUUCAAAAUGGCUCCGGUGGAUGAAAAACAACAACUUAUUACGCUCAUGGCCUGAGUUUCUUGACCAAGUGCGGCUCCGAUUUGAUUCCUCUCAUUUUGAAGAUUUUCUGGGCCGAUUAUCAAAGACGUGCCAAGCAACCACAGUCGCGACAUAUCGGGCAGAAUAUGAGAAGUUACUAAAUAAAGUGACUAAUGUUCCCGAAGUCGUUCUUAUUUCGAUGUUUGUGGCUGGUUUGAAAUCUACCAUACGUAGAGAGGUGCAACGCACCAAACCCACUACACUCAUUCAAGCUUUUUCACUGGCAUCUGAAGUUGAGGCUCAGCAGGGUGAAUUACGAGGAGAAUGCUAUACUUGUGACCAGAAAUGGUCUAGAUCACACCGUUGCCCAAAUCGAUCAUUGCUCUUAAUGUGCUCAGAGGAUGAUAAUUCAAGUGAUGUUUUACAACAACUGGACGAGAUUGAUGAACAGGUCCUCACGGGCGAUUGCUCAAGCUUGAAUUCAAUGGCCAGUCCUGGCACACCACGUUCCCUUCGGCUUACAGGGAUCAUCCAUAACGAAAGUCUGCAGGGGGUUACUAUACAGUUACAUGGAGAACAAUCACCACGCUUAACACAAGUUUCUUAUUCACAUCUUUUUGCCCUAUUAGAAUCAGAUGAUGUGCAUAGUUGUUUUGAGCUCUCACCAGUUCCACCUGAAGAAUCUACUGCAAUAAGCCCAAUCCAGUGGCCAAAUGACACCCCCAUAGAAAUCCUGACUAUUUUACAACAACACGCUCUAGUUUUUGAGUUACCACGGGGUCUGCCACCACGCCGAUUAUUUGACCAUCAUAUUCACUUAAUUCCAGGAUCAGGGCCUGUUAAUGUCCGACCGUAUCACUAUCCUCACUGCCAAAAAUCUGAGAUUGAAAAAAUGGUUGGAGAUAUGCUUGACACAGGCAUUAUCCGACCAAGUACGAGCCCGUUCUCUUCACCAGUAUUGCUUGUGAAAAAGAAAGAUGGCAGUUUUCGGUUUUGUGUGGACUAUAGGGCGUUGAAUAAGAUCACAAUUCGAGACCAUUUUCCAAUUCCCACUGUGGAUGAAUUAUUUGAUGAACUGGGAUUAGCACGAUUUUUCACCAAACUGGAUUUGCGUUCGGGUUACCACCAGCUUCGCAUGGCGGAGAAUGACAUCUUUAAAACGGCAUUUCGCACUCAUGAUGGGCAUUAUGAGUAUUUGGUCAUGCCAUUUGGGUUGUCAAAUGCCCCUUCAACUUUUCAGGCAACGAUGAAUCACUUGUUCCGCCCCUAUUUACGCAAGUUCGUUGUAGUUUUUUUUGACGACAUCUUGGUUUACAGUCCGACCAUGGAAUUGCAUGUUCAACACUUGGAAAUUGUGCUGACAACAUUAGAAAGCCAAAAGUUCUUUGUCAAGGUUACCAAAUGUUUAUUUUGCAAGACUACAGUUGAGUACUUGGGCCAUAUUAUUACUAAUGGCACAGUAAAUCCUGAUCCUGCAAAAAUUGAAGCGAUGGUUGAUUGGCCACAACCAGUCUCAAUUAAGCAACUGCGUGGAUUCUUGGGGUUGACAGGAUACUAUCGGCGUUUCAUCCACCAUUACGCCCAACAGCUGCACCUCUUACAGACUUCAAAAAAAUUGGGUCCAAGGUUGCAAGCAGCAUCUGCCUAUGUUCGAGAGCUAUACGCAAUUGUAGAGGCGGUUGCGAAAUGGCGGCAGUACCUUCUUGGUUCCCUUUUUGUUAUCCGAACAGACCACCGAAGCUUGAAAGAGUUGUUGCAACAAGUUAUUCAAACCCCUGAACAACAACGGUACAUCCAAAAAUUGAUGGGCUACCAUUUUGUUAUUGAAUAUAAAUCAGGGGCCACCAACAGGGUUGCCGACGCACUAUCUAGACGGACUGAGGAAACUGAUGUCUCAUUGACAACAACUUCCUUAUUCUUUGCUCUAACGCAACCAAUUCCCUCACUGCUUGCAGAUAUUCGCAAUGACAACCGUACCCAACCUGAUUUACUGGGAAUUCAUGCACAGUUGGAAACAGGCAAUGCUCGCCCUCACAUUCACAGUAGAGAUGGUAUUUUAUUCUUUAAGCAACGUUAUUAUAUCAGCUCUUCAUCCCAUUUAAAGCAGGUUUUGUUGCAUGAAUAUCACUCUACCCUUAUGGCCGGACAUUGCGGGGUGAAGCGAACUUUAGUUCUAUUAUGUGCAGUAUUUUAUUGGGAAAAAAUGCGCGGGGAUGUUGAAGAAUUUAUCGUUGCAUGCUUGGUUUGCCAAACCACAAAGUACUCAACUCAACCCCCCGCCGGACCAUUACAACCACUUCCAAUUCCGUCUCAAGUCUGGGAACACGUUACUAUGGAUUUUAUUACAGGUUUACCACUCUCACAAGGCUGCACAGUGAUCAUGGUUGUAGUUGACCGACUCACUAAAUACACUCACCUGGGUUGUCUACCACCUACAUUUGACGCUCAUAAGGCUGCUGUAGUGUUUGUUGAAAUUGUGGUAAAAUUACAUGGUUUUCCAUCCUCUAUUGUUUCAGAUCGGGACCGGAUUUUUCUCUCUCACUUUUGGAAAGAAUUAUUCAGACUAAGUGGUACCUCUCUUUGCCAUAGUACUGCUUACCACCCUCAAACCGAUGGCCAAUCAGAAGUCACCAAUAGGGGAGUUGAACAGUAUUUGCGAGCCUUUACUCAUGCCAAACCAGCAAAGUGGAAGACAUUUCUAUGUUGGGCUGAAUUUUGUCUUAACACGUCUUAUCAUGAACAUCUCAAGACAUCACCGUUUCGUGCAUUGUAUGGUCGUGAACCUCCAAACAUUCCCGCCUACGCUCAGAACAGCACCACUGUACCUGUAGUAGAAUGCCUGAUCCAAGAACGCCAUCAACUACUUCGUUCUCUUCGUGAGAACUUACGUCAAGCUCAAUAUAGUAUGGCUCAGCGGGCUAACAAAAAGAGGCGUGAACUCACAUUCCAAGUGGGUGAUUUGGUCCUACUAAAAUUGCAACCAUAUUGCCAACACUCCCUUGCCCGACGUUUCAACCAAAAACUUGCAUGUCGUUACUACGGACCAUUCCCUAUUCUUGAACGGAUCGGUGCAGUAGCGUAUCGCCUCCAGUUACCUGAUCAUGUGCAGAUACACCCAGUGUUUCAUGUGUCCUUACUGCGUCCAUUUCGAGGGCCUGAUUCCACGACCAUCGCACCACUACCUGCUACCUUGAAUGAUGGUCGGCUGGUGUCCAUUCCGAUUGCUAUUCGUGAACAUCGACAGGUCUUACGCCAUGGAGUUUUGGAAGAGCAAGUGCUGGUGCAAUGGAGCGAUGGAGGCCCAGCUGAUGCUACAUGGGAGCCUGCAACGGUGUUUCUAGCCCAGUAUCCGAACCUACACCUCGAGGUCGAGGUGAAUUCUAAAGGAGGGUGUGAUGAUACGGAAUCUGCACCAAUAACAGUAAGUAAUAACUUACCUCCUCGUCGGUCAACCCGUAAGCGCAGAUACAAACAAGAUAAUUCAUUUGUUUAUGGGUAA